GAUAUCCGGCACCGGUUUAGAUUCCGGCUUCCUCCCGCAUCUCCGCACCGCAUAGCCCGCUGACAGUACCCUCCACCAUCACCCGCACCCACGAACGAGAGGACCCAGACCGUCGCCGAAGUCUGCCCUGCGUCUGAUCUGGAAGAGCAGCUUCGGUCGUGGUCUCGGGCUCCAAUUCAUCGUGCGUGUAUAAUGCCCGCUAUUGCCGCAGCCGAGAGCAACAAUUCGUUGGGUACACACGGCCAACCACCUCCGUCCUUGGUCGCCGACAAACAGCCGUCCGGGAAGAGACAUGCAGACCCCAUACCGAAUGGAGCCACUGCGAAGAUGAGCAGCGAGUUGCCCAACGGGACCGGCCCCAGUCGAGGGCUUCUGAACGGGGCACCAGUACAACCUGCCAGCGCUGAUAAGACCUUAAUGCACAGUAUCAGUUCUGAACGGCCGGACAGAGGGGUAGGCUUGAGCAACGAUCGAGUUUACAGCCCCUCUCAGGAUCGCGGCAGCUCCGCCGACGUUGCUAGCAGGGAUGACGGUUACUUUGCGUCGGUCCACACCACCGAGCAACAACACGGCUGCAGGACCACCAAAGUGCACAUGGGCAUAAUGAAUACCGCAGAAUCGAAACGAGAAGCCCAGAAAGAUUUCCAGCCUCCUCCACCUCCAUCACUACCACCACCGCCUCCUCCUCCUCCUCCGCAGAAGACCAGCUCCGAAUGGUCCCAGCACCCCUUCCCGACCGACGGCAACCUGCAGGUUCCUAGCUCGGCUUAUCGAGUGUCGUCGCCUGCCGCCUUCAACCACAACAAUCCCGCACCGAAUCAACAUCCAUACCGCUUGCAGCAGCGACAUACCUUGGAGGUCCCCAAGAUCUCCUCCUCACGGCCCCGCGAAUAUCACUCCUCCUCGACCUCGACCGAUGACGUAGCAAUCGCCAGCGGCAGGUUCUCGCCAAACACGCCCACACGGCGGAGAGGCUCCAUGUCCCUGGUAAGACGCGCGACCCGCUCCAUCAACUCGGAUAUGCAUCUGGAAGAGGUACCGCAGGACGAGGACGCGGUGCGCUGGGCCGAGCACAUCAAACAGAAACGGGCGAGCAAGAGGAAAAGGAGAGAGGACGAGGACGACGAUAACGUCAUUGUUGGCACAAAGGUCGACCAGAAUCACGUCAAUUUCGUCAUGGCGUAUAACAUGUUGACUGGGAUACGGUUUUGCGUAUCGAGGACCAAUGCAAAGAUGAACCGGGAGCUUACGGAUGCGGAUUUUGAUGCAAAACAUAAGUUCUCUUUUGAUAUAACGGGGAAUGAAUUGACUCCUUCAGCGAAAUACGAUUUCAAGUUCAAGGACUACGCACCCUGGGUCUUCCGCCAUCUACGAGCCACAUUCGCGCUCGAUCCCGCGGAUUACCUGGUCUCCCUCACCAGCAAAUAUAUUCUUUCCGAGCUUGGCUCUCCUGGCAAGAGCGGUAGCUUCUUUUAUUUCUCACGCGACUAUAAAUUCAUCAUCAAAACGAUCCAUCACGCCGAGCACAAGUUCCUCCGCCGCAUCCUGAAAGACUACUACAAUCAUGUUCGGGAAAAUCCGAACACGUUACUCUCCCAGUUCUAUGGUCUUCACCGCGUCAAGAUGCCCUAUGGCCGCAAGGUGCAUUUCGUGGUGAUGAAUAACCUUUUUCCCCCGCAUCGUGACAUCCAUACAACGUUUGAUUUAAAGGGCUCGACUAUUGGUCGGGAUUUCAAAGAGGAGGAAUUGGAGUCUAAUCCCAGGGCGACGCUGAAAGAUCUCAAUUGGCUGCGGCGGAAUAUGCAUUUGGAGUUUGGGCCGACGAAGAAGAAGGCGUUCAUUGAGCAGAUGCACAAGGAUGUGAAGCUUUUGCAGCGGCUGCGUAUCAUGGACUAUUCGCUGCUGAUCGGGAUACAUGACCUGGAACGCGGCAACCAGGAAAAUCUGCGAGACAAGACGCUGCAGGUUUUCCAGCCUGGGGGCGAGGAUGCCGAGGACCCGGCUUCGACGAUGCUGGCGCGGACGCCUUCGAAACUGGAGAAUGCAAGGAAGGCGAAGGAGUUGAGGCAGAUGAUCAAGACCCAGAAACCGGUGCCGAUGGAGAAGACGUCGAAUAAGAUGCCGGAUGAGCUGCAGGAUUCGAAGAAGAAUUUUUACUUCUAUGCAGAUGACGGCGGUUUUAGGGCGACGCAUGAGGAUGAUUCCCCAGGUGACGAGAUUUACUACUUGGGCAUCAUUGAUUGCUUGACCUAUUACUCCUGGAUCAAGCGACUCGAGCACUUCUUCAAAGGUCUUACCAAUACGGAGUCCCAGAUCUCCGCCAUACCACCCGAACGGUACGGCGAACGCUUCAUCAAGUUCAUCAGCGGAGUUACCAUGACGCGCGAAGCGGCCGAACGCGAGAAGCAGAAGGAGGCCGCCGAAGCCGCUACUGAUACCCAAACCAGUGGCGUCCACGUGACCGACCAGGACGGUGCUUUGACGGAGAAGGUUAUGGAGAAAGCGGAGACGCAGGCGGAGCGCUCGAGACAGCGAGGGGCGUCCGAAGAGGAUGUGCCGGAUCGCUCCAUGCGUGUUGUCAGGAGUCCUUCGGCCGAACGGGGAGAACUAGGAACGACGUUGCCCGUCGUGGAAGAGGCGGCAGAGUCAUCAAGUACCGGCGGUAGAAGUGGCCGCAGUACAGAGACGAGUCUACACCCAGAUCGCGUCUCCUCGAACGAGCAGAACGGCAAACCGGUAGAACCAGCGUCAGUGUCUCACUCUAGCGAGCAUCCCCAUCAACGACGACCACCCACGCCACCCAAGGAUUCUAGCACAGAGGAUAGCAGUGAUCGCCGUCCUCCGACGCCUGCGAAGGACGCGCGGUAUUCGAUUUCUAAUAGACAUGAAGGCCCGCCGACACCGCCGAAGGAGGAGAAACAUAGGGGUCGCAGCUUGGGGAGGGAUAAAGAAUUACCGCCUCCACCUCCACCGACGUUGACGCCGCAGACGACGCCUCAGAUUCCGGUGCACGCGAAGUUGCAGCCGCAGUCGCAGACCCAGGCGCAUGUUAAGGUUAAUUAGGAGGGCACCGUUAUAGUUGUAGCUGGGGGGGAUGAAGUAGCGUCGUGAUUGCGCGUGGAGGGAGGAAGCAUGGAUUCGAGGCUGCUUGCAUGUGCACCGCGACUCGAGUUGUCUUUACUCCCUUCUUCAUGAUAUUGUGUUCAAGACACCACUCCUCCGGGGCGGCAUUCACACAUGUUUGCGUGCGCUCCUUUUUCUUAUGUUUAUGUUUCC